GCCCCGGCGGCCCGCGCCCCUGCUAGGCUGCGGCGGCAUGGCCCGCGCGCCCGGCGCGACCUCUGCGGAUUGCAUCGGUGUGCGGCGGCGGGGCAUGCCCAGGGCACCGGGCACGGCCUUCAAUGGGCGAGGACACGGACACGCGGAAAAUUAACCACAGCUUCCUGCGGGACCACAGCUAUGUGACUGAAGGUAACGUACGUGUUGUCUGAGGCCCCCUCCGGCCCGCCGCGGCGUGGGGAUGCCGUCGCACCGAAUGCCCUCCGAAGCCGAUAUCAUCUCUACCGUCGAGUUCAACCACACUGGAGAGCUGCUGGCCACCGGCGACAAGGGUGGCCGGGUCGUCAUCUUCCAGCGGGAACCGGAGAGUAAGAAUGCGCCGCACAGCCAGGGCGAGUAUGACGUCUACAGCACUUUCCAGAGCCACGAGCCAGAGUUCGACUAUCUCAAGAGCCUGGAGAUAGAGGAGAAAAUCAACAAGAUCAAGUGGCUCCCGCAGCAGAAUGCCGCCCACUCCCUGCUGUCCACCAACGAUAAAACCAUCAAACUGUGGAAGAUCACAGAGCGUGACAAGAGGCCCGAGGGUUACAACCUGAAGGAUGAGGAGGGGAAACUCAAGGACCUGUCCACAGUGACGUCGCUGCAGGUGCCCGUGCUGAAGCCCAUGGACCUGAUGGUGGAGGUGAGCCCACGGAGGGUCUUCGCCAAUGGCCACACCUACCACAUCAACUCCAUCUCCGUCAACAGCGACUGCGAGACGUACAUGUCCGCGGACGACCUGCGCAUCAACCUCUGGCACCUGGCCAUCACCGACCGGAGCUUCAACAUUGUGGACAUCAAGCCAGCCAACAUGGAGGACCUCACAGAGGUGAUCACCGCGUCCGAAUUCCAUCCGCACCACUGCAACCUCUUCGUCUACAGCAGCAGCAAGGGCUCCCUGCGCCUCUGUGACAUGCGGGCAGCUGCCCUGUGUGACAAGCACUCCAAACUAUUUGAAGAGCCGGAGGACCCCAGCAACCGCUCCUUCUUCUCAGAAAUCAUUUCCUCUGUGUCGGACGUGAAGUUCAGCCACAGCGGCCGGCACAUGCUCACCCGGGAUUACCUCACGGUCAAGGUCUGGGACCUGAACAUGGAGGCGCGCCCGAUCGAGACCUAUCAGGUCCACGAUUACCUUCGGAGCAAGCUCUGCUCCCUGUAUGAGAACGACUGUAUUUUUGACAAGUUUGAAUGUGCCUGGAACGGGAGUGACAGCGUCAUCAUGACCGGGGCCUACAACAACUUCUUCCGCAUGUUUGACCGCAACACCAAGCGGGACGUGACCCUGGAGGCGUCGCGGGAGAGCAGCAAGCCCCGCGCGGUGCUCAAGCCGCGGCGUGUGUGCGUGGGCGGCAAGCGCCGGCGGGACGACAUCAGCGUGGACAGCUUGGACUUCACCAAGAAGAUCCUGCACACGGCCUGGCACCCGGCCGAGAACAUCAUCGCCAUCGCGGCCACCAACAACCUGUAUAUUUUCCAGGACAAGGUGAACUCGGACAUGCACUAGGCGCCCCGCGGGGCCGUCCCCGCGCGACCGUCCGACGGCCACGCGCCGAGCGGCCACCAGGGGGCGCCGGGCUGCCCCUCCCGCGUCCCGAGGCCGAGGCCGGACCGCCUUUGCUGGGGGUUGUCUAAUAAAACCAGGAAAAAAAGGAUUCACAGCUACGAAUCAUCGUAAACCGACGCGACUGUCGGCCUUGAAGUUCACCUCUUUCAUCCCGUGCUUUAACCGCGCGCAGUCUUUCCCACGGCAUUAGGAUUUGGACGUCUGCGCGUUCAUUCUUCACCACAGCGGUUCCUUUCUGGGGACGCGGGAGCCCCGGGAGCUGUUUCUGUCACGCGCCUCCCUGGCCCCAGAUCAGGGCUCCGGGGACAGAUAACGAAGCUCAAACAAGCCAGCCAGGGAUUCUUUUGAUGAUCAAUGGAGCAAUUUCCACUGUCUCGGAGCUAAGGGUCUCACCUUUUUGCUUUUUGGAUCGUGAAUUCAUGCUGAGCACCUGCAGAGUCCUCUUUGGGGUUAUGUAAAUGUCUUUCACUAUCCCAGGUCGGUUACAGUUUCUUGAGGUGGGGAUGUGGGUGUGUGUCUCUUAGCCUCCUUUGAGCCACCCUUCGCCCAGCAUCUGCCGCUUGCCCUGCGCAGCGCCGGCCCUUCAGGUCCAUGGUCUACUCCCUGCAGCCGCUCUGCCAGCUCUCCUGUCAUCCUGGUGGGAACUCUACUGGCUCCGUCCAUGAUCUUUCUGAAUCUUCAUCCUGACCCCGUGAAGUGGGGGCCCAUUCAUUUCUUCCAUGAAUGCCAACAGCUCGCUGAGUGCCAGGCUCUGGGCCAGGUGCCAGGGAUUAAAGGUGAAUAACUCGUCAUCCCCAUUGUACACAUGCAGAAACUGAGGCCCAAGGCGUGCGCCAACCAAGCGGAGGAGUCAGGAAUCUCGUCCCCUCCCUCCCACAAGGCGCUGUCCAACCCACCACGUAGGGGAUGCACGUUAAAGCAGCGUUCUAGCCUGGAAGGUUCUGAAGACGUCUCUUCAUCUUGUGAAGCAGGCAGAGCAGGUGGGACGGGGAGGGCCCGGGGAGAAUGGAGGAGACCCCUGGUGGCUCCUCACCUGUUUGGUAAUGAGGAACCCCACCCUAUCUCCAUCCCACAUCUGUACCCCAGCCCUCUUCCAGCUGCACUAAACUGCCUCCAAAAGAAAAUUGCAUGUUAUGACCAUUUGAGGAUAGCUUUUCUUUAACGACUCACAGUCUCAGAGGACACUUACCUGAGGGCCACGGAGGAUGUGGUGUCUCCAGAACAGUUCCUCCGGCUCUGGGGGGGCUCCCUUGCCGGCCACACCCCCUUGUCUUUGUCCUUGGAACUGUAGCAGAACCACGUGGCUUGCAUUUUGAUUCAGAAAACAGAGUGCAGAGGCCUGACGGAAUCCACCUUUUUUUUUUUUUUAACAAAAUGUAACCUAACCCAGGAAAUAGACCCAACCUGAGAUUUUUCUCAACGGAUAACAAUAUACUUGUGUGUCAGAACACAAAACGCAUGUGCACUCACUUCCAGCCAUACGAUAAUUACACAAGGAGAUGGCUUAUUGGUUUUUUUUUAAGUCAACAUGAAUGAAGAAUGUUUGUUUAUAUACCACUGUAAAAUCCAGGUGACCUGGACAGUAUUAUAUGUACAUAUCUAUUCUAAUUAAAAUUAACAAUCACAGGAUUGGAUCCCUUUUUCUUUCCCUUGUAAAGAGGUUCAAGAAUGUGGUAAAUUGUAUAGAAAUUUGAAGCCAAAAUCCAGCUCUGAGGGCCUUACACAAUUACUGGGAUAUUUGGCGCAAUCCAUUUCCCUUUGUGAUUCAGAUGCUGAGAGGAAACUUACAUUUGCAGCUAGAGGUUACUGUCAGAUCAUAGAUUUAACAUUUACCAUUCCUACAAGGUACAGAUCUUCCACUGUAUUUGAAAGGAGGUCUUACUACAGUUCCUGGUUCCUUGCUCUGUUUUAGACUUUGGAUAUCAAGCCAAAAAAGAAAAAAAAAAAAAAGAGAGAAAAGAAAGAAAAAGAUCUUCUUGGAUGAAAAAGCAUGUCUUUGGAUCCCUGGACAAUAAGAGUGUCCAAAGCAUAUUGUGAAUAACAUGUGUGUUGAGAAAAGAUGCUGUGGGGAGAGGGGCAGAACUAGCAAUGGCAGAAGGACCAGUAAAAUAGUCACAGACUUCGCUUCCUUCCUCUGUUUACCUUUUCUGCUCUUAUUGAAUGUAUGGGCGUUCACAGAGUCAUUGUGAAGUUGUUCGGUGGUUUUUGUUUCUAUUUCAGUACUUGCUGAGGACUGGGCGCUCGGAGGCGCUGGGUACACGGUACCAGCGUAGACAGACCUGCCCUUGUUGGACUCCGUAACUCAUAGGUGCAUUUUUGUUUUCUUUGGUGUCUCACAGGUUAUCCAACUGUUGAAUAAAAUUAUAAAUAUGUUAAUACCAGCUUUUUCCAAUAAAAUAACAAACGUUACAUUGAAAA